AUAUCGGGCCCAUUGAUGAGAACCGUCCAUCUCCCCGACCUCCCAUGCUACCGACUUGUUCAGUUUCCCUAAUCUCUUUUGUUAGUCCUAAAGCUUUCAACCAUGCACUACUCUUGACUGCUUUAAUUUGCCCGUAGCUUCCUCUUUCUUUCUUUCUACAACGUGGAAUUGACGUAGUCUCUCGUAGGAUCGUAAUAUGAGAAUGAUAACAUUCAUCAAUUUUUACAUUUAUAACUCGAGAUCAAUAAAAAUAGAUUACUAUUUAAAAGGUGUUUCACAUCCGACCAAAAGUACUGGUGUACAAAAGAGUAUAUACCAAGAGUACAAGUAGAUGUAGAAUUUUGCUGCAUUAACAGAAGGACAGUAAACAGUAUUUUAUAGGUGGGAAAAGUACUUAGGUUAAGUUUGGAAGAUUAUGGGAACAUGAAAAUCACUAAAGUUGAAAAUCUCCAAUGAAAAUGAGAAUAGAUCGAUUCUUUCUAAGCAUGUAUAACAUCAAUAUACGUAAAUCUCGUAUCUCGUUUGGUUUCUCGGUCUCUCCUUCCAGUCCAUAUAUAUCCAAUGACAUAUCGCUACAUGUGUUCAUAUCCAUAUUAUUGAAAGGUUCCUAAUCAAUAUUUAUAUCUUAUCUACCCAAUUAAUGACAAUGGUUGUCAGCCAGGAGGUCAAAUUUUGAUAGUUAGUAAGAAAAUGACACUAACGAUCGUGUUUGGUUAGUGAUAACAAUCAUAACCGGAGAUGCUUUAUUGACAAAAAUAGGAACAUCCAUCAAUUUGAGUGAAAAUCCGAGGCUCAGUCAAGAUAUUUUAGGAAAGCUGGGGGCAGUUUGGGGCCAAAACAUUUCUAGGCAUUUCCAUAUUUAGCUUAAUUCUUACGGUUUAGGUUUAAAGAGGGGCCCUAAGCUAUUUUCAAAUUUCAAUUAAGGGGUCGUUUGGAGAAUAUGAGUUUAAAUCUAUAGAUUGUAAACAAUCUAAAGAUUCUAACUCUUCGGAUUGUUGAAAAUAGAUUUUAAAAUGUUUAUUGUUUGGUAACUGUGAUUGUUAACAUUCAAUGAUAAUAAAAAUAAAAAAUUUAUAUUAAAUAACAUGUUUAUCCUUAAUAAAAAAAUUAGAGUAGUUCGAGAAAUAUUAAAAAAUUUGUUAGUAAAUAUAUUUAAUAUGAUAAAUAAGCAAAAGAAAGAGAAAAGGUAGGAGGAAAAAAAAUCUCAUGAAUCAAGAUAUGGAAUCUCUCUGAUUAGAUUAUGAGAGAUUUGAUAUCCAUAGAUUUUAGAGAUUUGAAAUCUCUAAAGUUAAAAUCCACAAUACAAAAAGCAACAGAAAAACAUAACUUUCUAUAUAAUCUACGGAUUCAAUGAAUCCACGACCUAAAUCUCGUUCUCCAAACGACCCCUAAGACUUAAGUGCUCCCACAAUCCACAUAUUGUACUGUUGACAAAGAUAUCAUUGUCUUUUCAUUGCAGACUGUAACCAACAUCCAAUGAAUACAAAUAGGGAAAAAUAUAGAAAAAUAAUAAUACUUUUUUUGGUUGGAAUAGUAUAAUAAGACUUAAAUGUUGUUAUCAUGAUAAUAUCUAUAAAAAUAACAGUUAAAUAAAUUAAAGGGAAAAUACCCUAGUAAAUAAAUUGAAAUUGUAUUAAUGUUAUAUUUUUCUUAAAAAUACUAUCUUUCAGGCCCCUCCUAAGAUUUUGAAAAGUUAUAAAAAAACCCUCGUAGUCAAAAUUGUGCAUUCCUUCUCAGGGGUGUUCAAAAGGUGUGGUUACCGUGGUAACCAUUUUAACCAGUAGUAUUUGACUAAUUUGAUUUGGUUAAUUUGGAUAAUUGGUUUGGUUAAAAAAUUUAGCUUGUUUGGUUUAGUUGGUUUGCUUGGGUAUCAGACACUUCUAAGUUCUAACCAAACAAACCAAAUUAACCAGUUAAGUAAUUACCCACAUAUCUAAUGUAUAUUAUAUACGCAUACUUAAUACUUGGCAUAGCAACUCAAGAGCCAAACAUUCCUUCCUUUAGGCUCAUCAACAAUAAAGUUUAAUAUUGUUCAUAUACUAUAUAUUUGUAUUUAUUGAAUGUAGACCAUAAUAUAUGAAUGCCCAAUGUAGAUAAUACUCAUAUAAUAUAUUAGAUGAAAACUUGAAAUGAAUGUAUCUGCGAGUUUCCAACAAACCAACAAACCAUGUAAGUAACAAGACACCUUCUUAACAUAUGAAUGAAGUAAUAUAGAGAAUACCCUCAUGGGUGCACGGUUUGUUCUUAAGAUCAAGUGGAGCUACUUGUAGUCUUAGUAGACUUGUAGCUAUGAAUUUGUAGUUCUAGCCCCACUAAAGUCUAAAACUCAUUAUUUUGCCAACACACCCCACAUUUUCCUCCACGCUUGGUCUGCAUUCCUUUGCAAUAGGUAGGAGUUACAACUUAUAAGGAUGACUGACAUUUUAAUAGCAGGAGUAAGAGAGGAACUAGAAGACUGGUUAGUUGAUAUGAUCCAGAUUGGUCUCUUCUACGAGUCAAAAUUACUUGCCAAAGAAGCUAUCGAAGUUGGGAAGAAGAAAGGCAGAAUUUGCCUAAGUCAAAAUCCGUGUUCAGGGUACAUACUUUGGAGGCAUGGUUCUCUUAAUUGGCUAGGUGGAAAUUCAAGAUUAAGGUUUUGUUUUGCAUAUAAAGUUGCCAUCUUUCCAAUAGUAUGCUUUGUGGAUCCAGAUGAUGUCAUUAAAGUUGUUUUCCAAUGCCUCAAAGUUGCUAUCUCAAAACUGGAAAACUGCCAGAAUAUAGUUAAGGCAGAAACUGUGUUCAAGAAGCUUACUUUGGAGCUCCAUUCCAGAGUCAUGGAUGAGAUUCGAGUCCAGAGGCUUAUACCACAUGAAAGUAGGUAUGUUCUACUACAAAGACAUGGCAUUGGAUGAUUGGAAGCUUACCUGGAAGGCUUUGAUCGAGAGGCUCAAAGAUGGCAUCAAAGCUGUUUGGUUACUUGGAGCUAAAGGCAGAUUUCUUUUUCUUGUUUAGUUAGGAAUUCAUUGUUUUGGUAGUUUUUUAUUCCUUUUCGUAUUAGACUGUAAUUAGGAGUUAUGGGACGUGUGUAACCCUAGCUAGGCCUAUUUAAGCUUUCUAUUUCGUUGUAAAACUCAGACUUUGUUGAAUAGAAAUCGAAACCGUUUGGUUUGUGCAAGUUGCGACUUGUUUUGGGUUUGGUGGAUUCCAAACUUGCUGAGCUUGUGUAUCGAUUGAAUAGUCACUUCAAUCGUGGUCGAGCAACUACCCUUUUAUACCAAUCGAGCUAUCCCCAGGUGUGGAUUUGUCAUUUUGGUUCCGUUUUAUCUAAGUUCGUAUUAAGAACGCUUCGUUCUUGAUUCGAGCUCAAUCGAUUCUUCGAUUGAGUCGUUAGCUGCGUGACUUUGAUAGUAUACACCCCCAGGGUUGUAUUAAGUGGUAUCAGAGCCUGGUUCAACACAGGGGCAAGGAGGAGAUCGAGGUUCUGUUUUAGUUCUGUUUUUCUUUGCGGGCAGAAACAGUGGAGAAGAGGAGACAAUGGGAACUCAACAAAUUGACUUGGAGGAAUUGAAGAAGUUGGUAACAGAAGCGUUUAAUGCAAUACUCCAGCCAAAAUUCGACCGUAUUCAUCGACGAUUAGAAGAACUAAACGCUGCUACAGAAGGUCGACUCUGUUUUCCUCCGGCAAAACAGAGGUUGCAGACUGCGGAAGAUGUCGAUGAGCUAACCGCCAUUUCAAAGGACGUCGUUGCUUUUUGUGAGCUUAUUGAAGGCGAAGGAAAGAUUUCCCCAUCACUAGGCACUGCAGGUCAGAAGAGAAUCGAAGGGUCUUCGAUCAAAUACGCAGUAGGCGGCUACCCCUGUUUUGCUCCGGUAAAACAGAGUUCGGCUGCCGGAGACAUCGUUGUCGAGCAAGAGGAAGAUUCGCCCAUUUCCCCCACUUGGGGAAAGUUUCUGGGAUUCCCAGGAAUGGAUUACCCCAUGGAAACACCUACAGAUCCAGCGGAGUUCAAAACUCCCAAGUUAGCACUCAAUAAUCUGGCAGCAGAAACUUUUCAAAGCGGCGAUGGCAGAGAAUACAAAUUCACCGAGUCGACGAUUCUAGAAGUUAAGUCGAGGAACGCCAAUGCUUCUGAGGAGUUUCUUGAACUUCAAAGAGAGACUCCUAACACAGCACAAACCCCUAUUCGGUCGGAAACAGCAAGACCCAUUUCGGCAGCAGCUCUUCUGCAAAAGCCAGAGUCCGACUCCGAAAACAGGUAUCUCGUUGGAGAGUUUAAGCUUGAAUCGAGUGAAACCACCACUGGGAAUCAGUUUCUAGAUGAUUAUGGAAGGUGUAUGCAACUCGACAACGACUUAAAUCGGCCGGAAAUCAAAACACCCAAAGUUCCAGAAUUGCAAAAUUCUGCAAAAACGUUCAAAUUUCAGAAUGGUGGGAACACUAAAAUCGUUGAUUCUUUGAUUACUGAUGCUGGUCAAGACCUGGGAAUGUUUGUAAGGUUGAUAUGGAAGCCGUUUGAACAAGAUUUGAGUGGUCAAUUGGAGUGGGUAGGCUUUAAUCAAGAAAUCCCAAGUUUGCAGGUUCCGCCAAAGUUUGUUAUUGCGUCAAGAGGUUCCGGGCAACUUCUACUUUAUUUCCCGGCCACAAUUGACCUCGCUGCAGGUCAGGGACUUCAGGGUAACACACAAACGAAUUUGAUCAUGCUAGAAUCAAGCUCAAAUGGAGUUGGUGCUGUCUUGUCGAUCGUUUUGCCGCAGUUGGAGUACACUUUUGAAGACCCAUUUUGGGUAUCGUGUGAUCGUCUUUUGUUUUGCAAAUUCAUACAAGCUUUGAGGGCAAAGCUUUUUGAAGAAGGGGGGCCUGAUAUGAUCCAGAUUGGUCCCUUCUACGAGUCAAAAUUACUUGCCAAAGAAGCUAUCGAAGUUGGGAAGAAGAAAGGCAGAAUUUGCCUAAGUCAAAAUCCGUGUUCAGGGUACAUACUUUGGAGGCAUGGUUCUCUUAAUUGGCUAGGUGGAAAUUCAAGAUUAAGGUUUUUUAUUGCAUAUAAAGAUGCCAUCUUUCCAAUGGUAUGCUUUGUGGAUCCAGAUGAUGUCAUUAAAGUUGUUUUCCAAGGCCUCAAAGUUGCUAUCUCAAAACUGGAAAACUGCCAGAAUAUAGUUAAGGCAGAAACUGUGUUCAAGAAGCUUACUUUGGAGCUCCAUUCCAGAGUCAUGGAUGAGAUUCGAGUCCAGAGGCUUAUACCACAUGAAAGUAGGUAUGUUCUACUACAAAGACAUGGCAUUGGAUGAUUGGAAGCUUACCUGAAAGGCUUUGAUCGAGAGGCUCAAAGAUGGCAUCAAAGCUAUUUGGUUACUUGGAGCUAAAGGCAGAUUUCUUUUUCUUGUUUAGUUAGGAAUUCAUUGUUUUGGUAGUUUUUGAUUCCUUUUCGUAUUAGACUGUAAUUAGGAGUUAUGGGAUGUGUGUAACCCUAGCUAGGCCUAUUUAAGCUUUCUAUUUCGUUGUAAAACUCAGACUUUGUUGAAUAGAAAUCGAAACCGUUUGGUUUGUGCAAGUUGCGACUUGUUUUGGGUUUGGUGGAUUCCAAACUUGCUGAGCUUGUGUAUCGAUUGAAUAGUCACUUCAAUCGUGGUCGAGCAACUACCCUUUUAUACCAAUCGAGCUAUCCCCAGGUGUGGAUUUGUCCUUUUGGUUCCGUUUUAUCUAAGUUCGUAUUAAGAACGCUUCGUUCUUGAUUCGAGCUCAAUCGAUUCUUCGAUUGAGUCGUUAGCUGCGUGACUUUGAUAAUAUACACCCCAGGGUUGUAUUAUUAGUAAUUAAUCACAUGUAAAUUAAGAGUUAAUUACUAAUACAACCCUUUAUGUUUAGGGUUAAGAUUCGGCUCCACUAUAUAGGUUGAGGGGGCUGAAGGAGUUUGUAAUUUUUUGAUCUCUUCUUCUUCACCUUCUUCAGGUUAAUAAGAUUGAUUUUGAGAUCUUACUCUUUGUGUACGAGUCUCAGCGAUACUCGCUUGAGAAAUCGUGUAAAUCUCAUAUGUGUUUCGUUCUUGUUCACAUUCUCGAAUAAUUCUACAUGGUAUUAUAGCCUUCUCAUAUUCUUGUGACUUGAUUGUGUGAGUUUAGGGCUGUGUCCUUGUUCUAUUGUAGCUAGUAGACAUCUUUCUCUUUCUUGAUUUGCCUCUUCCUGUUCACGGUGUAAGAAAGUGGUUAAGUACCAUACAAGUGCUUGUAUAAGAUCCAGCAUAGUCUUCUCCCAACAACUCGAGUUAUUGAGACCAACUGGUUUAUGAGAUGGUAUAAGUGCAGGUUUGUCCGUGAGGUCACGUGUUCAAGUUCUCACGACCCCCAAUAUUUCCCGUUCUCUUUAUGGGAAUUUCAGUUGAGGAUAUUAAUUAUUUAGUCAAAAAUAAUUAAGUCCCUUGUUUACUUGUCCUCUUCAAAGAAGAAAACUUGGUUGUCAUUUGGGUUUUGACCCUGCUCGUCUCACCGUGGAUUAGUCAUGUUCACGUCGAACAGGAAUACCACGUAAAACUCUCAUGUUAUGUGAUUGUUUCAUUUCCGCGACAUUAAAUUCAACAUGGUAUCAGAGCGAAACUCGAUGAUUGUCUAGGGUUUGAACUUCCGCAGUCAUCCUCCGUUGCCUCUCCGUCUCCGACAAAAUCGACUUCAAUCAGUCCUUCGUCCUUCCAUUCCCGGAAGUAAGCAAUAAUAAGAUGCAGUCGGCCAUAGCUUGCAUUGCAUUUAUUCGAGUGCAUGUAAUUAAAAUUUUAAAAUCUCAAAUUUGAAAUAAGCUGCAUUUGAAAUUUAUUGUUCGAAUUAUUACAAACAAAAAAAAAUUCGACUAUUUAUUUUCAACUUUAUGUUAAGUAUUUUUAAUGUCGUUUACCAUCCAAACAUAGUAAAUAUUUAAAAAUUAUAGUUCCUAAAUUAUUAGGUAUUAGACUUUAGCACGUAAACUUUAAUAAAGUGUACAUAUAGGC